AACAUAAGCUUAUAGUCACUCUCGUUCGUUUGUAAAGUACACGCAGCGAAGAAAACACACACAUAAAUGAACACGAGUAACAACUAAAUUUCCACAUGGUUUUAAAAAAUACAUAUGGCCGCCAAUAACAAACAAAUGUAAAAUAUUAUUGUGGUUUUAAAGCCAUGCAACAUAUAACAACAACUGUUUUUAAAUAAACAAAAUUCACCAGAAAAAAAAAACAGUAAACAUGUUCUGACGAUUCUGUGGUCGACUCUUCUGUGUAUGAGAGCGGUGAAUAUGUUUUUGUCAUGCAGUGUUGUGCCUGUCAUAGUGGUUGUUGACGACAAUGCCGGUUUAGUGGUUUUUUUUCAAAAUAUAACAAUUGGUCAAACAACCUGAUGUUUAUUUUUUUUGUUAUUUUAUAUCAAGGACAUCAAAUAAUUGUAUGUUAUUAUAAAAAUCAAUAAAAAAUUAUUAGCCACACAUGAAGUAAUAAUUCCUUAUUUACUGUUGAAUUUUGUUGUGUAGUGUUUGUGAUGAAAAAUUGUAGUGAAUUGUUGAAUUUAUUAAAAUCAAGCAAAAAAAUUAGUUUGUAUUGUUUAAACAAGAGAAAAAAUCUAAUUUUAAAAAAAAUUGUGUGAUUUUUGUUUUUAGUUCUAUUUACGUUCGCGAUCACGUUUCAUUUUGGAAGAAGACGAGCAGUUGGAGAUGCCGGCGUUGGUGGAGAUGCGAUAUCCCGUGGCAUACGGUGCACUCCUGAUUGGACCGAAAAUGCCGUUAACGGUGAUCACUUAUGGGUACCCACCUCCGUUUCCGGUGAUUUCUGCUACGUUGGCGAUGCUGACUGUACAAAACAUGGAUCACGUAUGAAAUGUUCCGCAUGUAAUGUUGUGGUCCAUAUGAAUUGCAUUGGCGUGUUAAUGGAUCGUAUAAAAUUCACCUGCAAACCAACAUUUCGUGAUGUGGGUAUACGUCAAUAUCGUGAACAAACAUCCAUACAUCAUCAUUGGGUGCAUCGGCGGUCUGAGAAAGGGAAAUGUAAGCAGUGUGGCAAGUCAUUUCAAUCGAAAUUAUCAUUUAGUUCCAAGGAAAUUGUUGCAAUCAGUUGUUCAUGGUGUAAAUCUGCGUAUCAUAACAAAGAAUCAUGUUUCAAUAUCCAACGAAUUGGUGAAGAAUGUAACUUAGGUGUUCAACAAAGUAUCAUAGUUCCUCCAUCAUGGAUUGUAAAACUACCACGGCGUGGUAGUUUUAAAUCCAGUUUACGAAAAUCUCCUAAAAAGAAGAGUGCAAGUAAAAAACGUAAUCGUGAACAAAAAGACCAAAAAGAUCAAAAAACAUUUGUAAUAAAACCUAUACCAUCAACUGUGACACCUGUCAUUGUUUUUAUAAAUCCAAAAUCUGGUGGAAAUCAAGGCUUAAAAUUACUUCAAAAAUUCCAAUGGUUACUGAAUCCGAGACAAGUGUUUGAUUUAACACAAGGUGGUCCAAAAAUGGGCUUAGAAUUAUUUCGAAAAGCGCCUAAUUUACGAGUACUAGCAUGUGGUGGGGAUGGUACCGUAGGAUGGGUAUUAUCUAUAUUGGAUCAAAUACAAAUUGUUCCACAACCAGCUGUGGGCGUGUUACCUCUUGGUACUGGAAAUGAUUUGGCUAGAGCUCUUGGUUGGGGUGGUGGCUAUACCGAUGAACCAAUUUCGAAAAUUUUAGCAAAUAUUGGAGAGAGUGAUACGAUAUUAUUGGAUAGAUGGGAAUUAAAUGUUGAAAAAAAUCCGGAUGCUGAACCAAAUGAAGAUGGUAAAGAUAACCUACCCCUUAAUGUUGUAAACAAUUAUUUUUCACUUGGUGUUGAUGCCCAUAUUGCCUUGGAAUUUCAUGAAGCCAGAGAGGCACAUCCAGAAAAAUUCAAUUCUCGAUUACGAAAUAAAAUGUUUUAUGGUCAAGCGGGUGGUAAAGAUUUAUUGAAACGUAAAUGGAAAGGGCUAGCAGAAUUUGUUAAAUUAGAAUGUGAUGGAAAAGAUUUAACACCAAAGCUAAAAGAACACAAAGUUCAUGCAAUUGUAUUUUUAAACAUUCCAAGUUAUGGUGGCGGAACACAUCCAUGGAAUCGAUCUGGAGGUAGUGUUGAACCUGCAACUGAUGAUGGUAUGAUUGAAGUGGUCGGACUUACCACUUAUCAACUGCCCUUGUUACAAGCUGGAGGUCAUGGAACAUGUAUUACCCAAUGUAAGAGUGCAAAUAUUAUAACAAGUAAAACAAUUCCAAUGCAAGUUGAUGGUGAAGCAUGCAAAUUGAAGCCUUCCAUUAUUAAAAUGACACUACUCAAUAAAGCGACAAUGUUAGCGAAGCGAAGAGGUGCAAAAUCGAAUACUCCUCAAGCAACAUUAGACCAAAUGAAAAUCAAUGUCCAAAGAAUCAGUAUGAUCGAUUAUGAGCAACAUCACUACGACAAAGAACUUUUAACACAAGCUGCGUUUACGGUAGGAUUAAUUGAAGUGAAUCCUGCAUCCGAUUUAGAACAAGUACGUGCACAGAUUAACAAAAUGUGUACGGACAAUCCAGAAGCACCAAAACUAAAUCCCGAUUGGUGUUUUGUGGACUCUUGUACAGCAGAACGCUUUUUUCGAGUUGAUCGAGCUCAAGAGCAUUUACAUUACAUAACUGACAUUGCUGCCGAUUCAUUAUUUAUUUUGGACACCGGUACUGGCACUAUACCUCAAACACCAGACGACGAAACUGCUUUACCUUCACCGAGUUCAAAUCAUCAAUACUCCAUUCCAGAAAUGAAAGUUAGUGAUGAGAGUUUAGAUUCCCCAAGUGGUGAUAAAUCAAAAUCACUAGAUUCAGUAGAUUCAAAGGAUACAAAAGAGAAUUCACUAGAUCAAGCCGAUGAAUUAACGUCGGAACAAAAAGCGGAUGUGAAGAUUAUCGAAUCAACACAAUCGGCGGUGAAUGGAAAAAUUCCACAAGACUUUACCAAUGAAAAUACCAGCAUUAAUUAUAAAAGCAUUCAUGAAAAAUUGUUUGGAUUAGGUGAAGACGUAUUUGGUUAUAGCAAUCUCUUAGAAAAAACUACGGAUGGAAUACUUAAAGCGGCUAAAUUAGGAGAUCUUAAAAUGCUAAAAGAACUACACUCUCAAGGAUAUUCCUUGUUAUCCAUUGAUUCACAAGGGCAAACGGCAUUACAUUAUGGUGCAAGAUAUGGUCAUAAAGAUAUUGUAAAAUAUUUGAUUGCUAGUGCUCCAACAUCAAUUUUAAAUAUGGCUGAUAAUGAUAAGGGUCAAACAGCAUUACAUAAAGCUGCAUCAUACAAACGACGAAGUAUAUGCUGCAUGUUGGUAGCUGGCGGUGCUUCGUUAACAAUACGCGAUCAUCGUGGUGCCACCCCUCGCUUAUUAGCCCUCGCAGCCGAAGAUAAUGAAUUAGCUGCAUAUUUAGAAAGUCAAGAACAUUUCCAACUUGUUUCUGAAGAUCUAGAAACUGUUGUUUGAAAUAGAUUUUAUGAGCUUAUAAUCCUUCCCAGCUACAAUCACAAUCAUAACAAAUUUUUCAAACCUAAUCCUAGAUGAUUUUCAAUAUUUUUUUUGUUGAUUAUCUUAUCGUUUUAAAAAAUUUAACGAAUGGGUAUAAUGAUAACACGCGUUAAUAUAAGGACGGCGAUAAAUAUCAAUUUCAAAGUCAUUUUCGAUUUAAUGAUCCAAUUUAAUUCGAUUUUUAAGUAAUUAAAAUCGUUUCGGAGAUAAGACUUGUCUGAAUAAAUUGAAUUUGUUAAAAAGAUAUGAUAAAAAAUAUGUAGCAAAUUAAUUAAAUUAUUUGAACAAUGGACCAAAAAAUGACCAACCUAUUUUUAAAAAUCAAAUCAUGAUUGUGAAUGUAGUAAAUUUAACUUAUGCGAAAGAAACUGCUAAUAUAAAUUGUUCAGAAACAAUAAAUAAUUUUUAACAUAUCAUUAUUUCUUUUACAUUCCGACGAAAAGUAUGAGAGACGCAGAGGUUCUGCUACUAUGUGUAAAUACUGAUACUAAUAAACACUAGAUUGGCUAAUUUUUAUUUGUUCCAUAAGAAAAACAAAGUAAAGUCUAAUUGAACAGGGUAAUAUUUAAUAAUUUUACGUUAAUUGUAUUUGAUAUUGGGCUAAUAUUUAAAUCAACUUAUGUUUUUUGUCAUAUAAAAUGAAUUUUCAUGCUCGUUCAUUCAAUUUUCAAAUUAUUGUUUUACUUGUAGACAAUUUAAAAAAAUCAAUAUUAGUUAAAAUCAUAGAGAUUAUACCAUAGAGUUGUAUAUCAAUAGCAAACGCUAUAAAUGAAAUCUUGACCGCAGUGAGCGGUAGAAAGAGACAGAAAAUGUAGGCAUAUAAGAGAAACGAAGACAGCUAUACUUUAUCUGUAUUAUCUGUUUCUCUAAAAACUAUAACUGCUCAUCAGAACUAUUAUUUUUCAGGCCAAAGUUGUUAUAAAAUUACUAUAGUUAAAACGGAAUGAACUCUAUUGCUCUUAACUUCUAUAACCAUGAAUGAAAUUAGCAGGACAGUUCAAUUUAUCUGAAUAUAUAUUUUUAGCAGGGAUUUUAUAAAUAUUUCUUACAUCUAUUGUACGUAAUAUAUUUUAAUCGAUUGUAUAAUGGUACGACAGCUGGCAACGUUUUCGAGAUUUAGUUUUGAAGACAAGUGAGUUUCAGAUAUUUCUUUCUUUGUUGAAUUUAAGAAGGGGUAAAGCACGUCUUGAUCUUGAAAGUGGUUUUUGAUUAACAACUAAUUAACACCCAAUGUGCGUUUUUUUUUAUCAAUAAGGUAAAAUCUGACUCGGUGUUAGCAGCGCGUUAUAUUGAUAAAAGAACAUGUCAGAUGAUCUACUAGUAUUAUUAUUUAAAAAGAUCAGAUCCAGAAGAUAUCAUGCCGUGAUUAGGGCUUAUUUCUCUGAUUAAGAAUACCUCUCAUCCUGAUAAUAGUAUAUAAUCUACUAGGAAAUUUUCACAGCUUUUGGCAAGUAUGCGCAAUGAAAUCAGUAAGCGUAACCGCUUUCAGGUACCAGGCUUAUUUCAACUCCCUAUCUAUUUUUUCAAUAACUCAAAAAAUAUUUCAAUAACUAAAGAAAUAUCCAAAAUCCAGCUCUGAUAUUAUAAUGUCUUGCCUCUACAAAAAUAUAAUUUAUUCAUACUCGCAAGUAAAAAACAUACAUAUUUAUAUAUUAAAACAAAAAAAAUACAAUACUUGCCUUGCAUCGUAAUAAUUUCUAAUAAUACUCUAUAAGAGAAUAACCAAAUAAUUGCGUUAAAUCAUUUAAAAAAAAUUGUGUUUCUUAUAAAUAUAUUCAAAAGCAAUAUAAUUAUUAUUCAUUUUUUCUAGUGUGAUAUAAAUCAAUUAGGACACUUAGUUAAUUAGUAAAAGGAAAAUUUUUUUAAUUGACUUAGAAUAAGUGCACUGUUUUAAUUAUUUCUUUUUAUAAAAUAAUAAUAUUACUCAUUUCUUUCUGUUGUUUUUAAUAAGAAGUCAUAUAGAAUGUUUUCCAUUUAAACGGAUCGUUGACAUAUCCUAAGGCUGAGGCUUAAGCGUGACCAAGCAUGGAGACAUUAGCUCUCUUCUGUUUGUGAUACAAAAUUGUGCGUGUUUAAUAAUCUGAUAAGAAGUCAUGAUCAAAAAUAAAGAAGUCAUUUGUUUCAUCGAUAGACGAAUCUAUAAUAUUAUCAACUAAUCUAGAAAAUAAGAACUGAUCUCCCAGUACUGCUCGAUUAGUAUCGGCACUCCAUGAGUUUUAAGGCAAAAAAAAGUAUCUAUAGAAGGAGUGACAUUGCUGAGUGAACGCUUGGGAGU